AUGUUCUCUACAUUGGGGAGCCUUAGAGUUCAUUCCCGUUUACAUACUGGAGCAAAGCCAUUUGAAUGUACUCAGUGUGAGAGAAAAUUUCGAACAUCAGCCCAUCUGAAGAGCCAUAUAUUAUCCCAUUUUAAAGAAAUCACUUUGCCAAAAAAACCACGAAGGCCAGUACGAAAACCCUCCAAGACAGACAUUCCACUGCCAGAAAUUGCUCUCCAAGAACCAAUCUUGAUCACAGAUACAGGCCUAAUCCAGCAACCAUCACGAAACAAUCUUUUUAAUAACUACCUCAAUGAAAUCACCCCUGACCGUCCACACAAAUGCGGCUAUUGUCAAAGAGGCUUCAAAAAAUCUAGUCACCUUAAACAACAUGUCCGAUCUCAUACAGGGGAGAAGCCAUAUCAGUGCAAACUGUGUCAUCGGUCAUUUGUAUCAAGUGGUGUACUAAAAUCUCACACAAAGACACAUACAGGCGUGAAAGCUUAUAAGUGUACAAUUUGUAAUAGUGCUUUUACGACCAGUGGCAGCCUCAAGAGACACAACUCAACCCACACAGAAAUAAGGCCCUUCAUGUGUCCGUAUUGUCAAAAGACUUUUAAGACUUCAGUCAACUGUAAAAAACACAUGAAAACACACAGACAUGAGCUUGCAAUGCAGGCGUUGCAAGAGGGACAAUCUUUGCAAUCUGAAAAUGUCCAGCAAAACUCGGUCGUAGAGAAUGAUGAACAUGGGGCAGAGAGGGAAACACUUGCUCCACAAGCAUCAAAUGUUUCAACAAUUGACUCUGGUCAGCCAGAGGCAUCGACAGCAGCAGCUGCUUUGCAAGAAAGUUCCAUGCCUACCGAACUUGCUGAUAUCAGUCAAAGUGAUCUCACAGGGUCCAAUACUGCAGUCUUGUCACAGACAACUAUUCCUGAAGGGUUAUUGGAACAGGUAUUUUCCCAACAAAACCUUCUUGGAAACCAGCAGAACUUUGCCCAAAUCAAUGCCUUUAGCCAAGGACAAAUGGCUUUGCCUAACAAUCAACAAUUAACAAAUGUCAUUGAUGUGACUCCCUUAAGUGCAUCAUUUGCUUCUACUCUAGCUUCCACCCCUAUACUUACAACAAGCUCUCGAGAACCUCAAUUGACGCCAGCUCAACAGCAGCGACAGGCAAACAUACAGCGAGAAAUGGAUGAGGGCAAGAGGUCGUACAAAUGCAGCUACUGUGGCAAGGGAUUUAAAAAGUCCAGCCAUUUGAAGCAGCACAUAAGGUCUCAUACAGGAGAAAAACCUUACAAGUGUACUCAGUGCAGCCGCAUGUUCGUCUCUACAGGUGUGCUGAAGGCUCACAUGAGGACACAUACAGGUGUGAAAGAUUACCGCUGCCAAAUUUGCCAUGCAACCUUUACCACUAAUGGCUCCCUCACACGUCACAUGAUCAUUCACAGCAAUACAGAACCCUUCAAGUGUCCGUAUUGUGUAGAAACUUUCCGUAUUUCUUCAUUAUGGAAACGACAUGUGAAAAUGCAUAAAGACACUCUGAAUUAUGAUCAUGAUUAUUACAAUGGCGGUCGGCGUAAUCGGUCAGUAAUUCACAUCAGUGAAGAAGAGGCCCAGGAAUUUUCCAAAACGGGAUCGCAUGAAGAAAUGACUGUAUCCCAACGAAUUCUUAUCGAAUGCACAAGUGAAAAAGACAGAGUUAGUGAAUUAAGGCUAUCUUCAGAUCAAAGAUGUCUAAUCAAUCCAAGGCCUGAAACUCCAGAAAUUCAUCAAUUACCUGAUUUUACUCCGGAGAAGAUUGUAGAGAAAGAUGACUAUCCUAAACAUCGCCACGAGUGUAGUAAGUGCCCCAAAAGCUUCAAAAAGCCCAGUGACUUGGUACGGCAUAUUCGUAUUCACACAGGAGAAAAACCAUUCAAAUGUAAUAUCUGUUCAAAGUCAUUUACGGUGAAAUCAACAUUAGAUAGUCAUAUGAAGACACAUGGACCUGGGGAGAAGAAAUUCAGAUGUCAUAUAUGCACAUUGCCAUUUUCAACAAAGGGAAGCCUGAAAGUGCACAUGCGAUUGCACACAGGUGCCAAACCAUUUAAGUGCCCACAUUGUGAACAACGCUUUCGCACAUCAGGUCAUCGGAAGAGCCACAUUGCUUCUCAUUUCAAACCAGACACACCAAAGAAGCGAAAGACCACUAAGGUUGCAUCAAUGGACACUGCAGCCUUAUUGUUGCCUGGAAAUCUCAAUCAAAGUAUACAGAUAAUGGGCCUUGAUACGAACCUCAUGUCGCAGACAAUACACAUUGACGACUCUUUGUUACAACAGCUGCAGCAGGGUAGCUUGAACUUCACUUUGGCACCCAACUUUGUUAGUAGCACCCCAACACAAAUCCAGCUGCAGCCGCAGAGUCAGACUGUGAUGGCCCCCACCAGCCAGGAACUUCCUGCUGCUAUCACAACUGGAACAACUACAGCACAGUUCAUGCCAAACACAAUUCAGAUCCAUCCUGUGACCAUGCAGGACCCAAACAUUGUGAUGCAACCAUUGUCUACCAUUACAAUGGCUCAGAACCAAGGGGUUGCUGACCAAACACAACAGGCUCUUCAUGCAGCUGUAGUGAUGAACAGUCAAGAGACUGGACUUGGUCCUCAAGGCAGUUUCAUAGUCACUGAAUCGGGAGAUACACAGAUUUCUGUGGAUGCUGUUGGUGAUGUGCAAGUUGAUGUUUCAUCAAACAUGGUUACUGAACCAGAUAAUCUUGAGACUGUUCAUGAUGCAGCAGCUGCAGCAGCUAUGAUGGAAAAUGAAGCAGUUGACACAAUGGAUGGAAAUACAAGUGUAACUGAUGAGAGCCUUGGAACCAUUGACCAGAAAGGAAAUCAUGUAUGCCAUCUUUGCACAAAGACAUUUAAAAGACCCAGUAAUCUAAAAGAACAUAUAACCAACGUUCAUGAAAAUGACUCUCCAAAUCAGAAGAAGUUAAAGCGAACACCCCAUGUUUGUACAAUAUGCAACAAAGCUUUUCAAAAACCGAGUCAACUGGAACGACAUAUCCGCAUUCACACUGGUGAGCGUCCAUUUAAAUGUCCCAAGUGUACAAAACGGUUUAACCAAAAGAAUGCUCUUCAAAUUCACCUGAAACAACACAGUGGAGAGAAGCCCUACAAAUGCAUCUACUGUGAGCUUGCAUUUAUUCAGAAAGGAAACCUGAAGACACAUAUCAAAAGGGCCCAUCAUGUUGACAUGGUCCAAUCCAUGAACUUGCCUCCUACCAUUGUACCUUCAGUCACUCUUAGUACAGAUACUGUCAGCAGUAACAACACUGCUGUGGUUACAACUGCUUCAACCACUGACCCUGCAGGUGGCAGCAGCCCAAAAGAAAGUGGUCUGGAUUUUGCAGAUUUCUUUUUGGGAAACUCGCCGGGGGAAUGA